AUGCCACCGAAGGCGCCCAAAGGAGCCCCCAAGGCGGCGGCCAAGAAGGGGCCGCCGAAUGCCAUGCUGGCAAAGCUCAAGAUGAAGAUGGAGCUUCAGAAGGCUGAAGAGGAACGUCUGCGCCUUGAGGCCGAGGAGGAGGAGCGCCGCAUCCGCGAGGAGGAGAAGCUCGCCGAGGAGCAGCGUAAGUUCGAGGAGGCAGAGCGCCAGAAGGAGCGCGAGCGUCAGAAGGAGGAGGAGCGCCUGGCUCGAAAGGAGCGCAAGGCGGCUGGCAAGAACGACGCCCUCGAGCGCAUGCGUGCGGCUGGCAUGAUAUUGCCUGAUGUGGAUCGCAUUCGUCAUGACGCGGAGGUGCGUAAGGAGGGGGAGAACGCGGCGCCGCGACCCAAGCCGAAGCCAAAGCCAAAGCCGAUCGUUUCCGUGGCGCUGCCACCUGAAGAGGAGGAGGAGGAAGAGGGGGAGCCGACGGAGCUGACAGAGUCGGAUGAUGAGAUCGACGAGGAUGACUGGGAGGCUGUCAUGGAGCGCGAUGAGCGUCGUGCCACCCGGCACACAAACAACGAGCGCAUUCGCGCCGAGCGUGCCGAGCGCAAGGAGACCCGUGCGGCGGAGAAGCGGAAGGCCGAAGAGGAAAAUCGGUUGAAGCAUCACGUUCUGGAGAAGGUGAGCAAUCUGCGCUCUCCGAUUUGCUGUGUGCUCGGCCACGUCGAUACGGGUAAGACCAGCCUGCUGGAUCGCAUUCGCUCUACAAACGUGCAGGGCGGUGAGGCCGGUGGUAUUACACAGCAGAUAGGCGCCACCUUCUUUCCACGCGAGGCCCUUGUGUCUGCAACGGAGGAGCUAAUCAAGAAACACAAUUGCAAUCUGAACGUUCCAGGUCUUUUGGUGAUCGACACGCCAGGCCACGAGUCCUUCACGAACCUGCGCAGCCGCGGCAGCAGUCUGUGCGACAUUGCCAUUUUGGUGGUGGACAUCAUGCAUGGCCUCGAGCAGCAGACGCGUGAGUCCAUCCGCCUUCUGCGGGAGAAGCGGUGCCCCUUCAUUGUGGCACUCAACAAGGUGGAUCGCCUGUUUGACUGGGAGCCGCACGAAAACAUGGACAUCCAGCAGUCAGUGGAGCUGCAGAAAGCGCAUGUUCGCAGCGAGUUCAACACGCGCUGGGGUCAAGUGAAGAACGAGCUGUCUGCCGAGGGGCUCAACUCAGAGCUGUACUACCACAACAAGGAGGUGCGCAACGUUGUGUCGGUCGUGCCGACGUCGGCCCGUACUGGCGAGGGCGUGUGCGACUUACUUCUGCUGGAGAUUCAGCUUGUCCAGCAGUUCAUGGAGGGCAAGGUCACCUACAAGGACGAUCUGCAGUGUACAGUGCUGGAGGUAAAGCCGAUCACGGGGUACGGUUUCACGAUCGACGUCAUCCUCAUCAACGGUGAAUUGCACGAGGGCGACGAAAUAUGUCUGUGCGGUCAGAACGGCCCCAUCUUCACGCAAAUUCGGGCGCUGCUGACACCACAGCCCCUGCGUGAGAUGCGUGUGCGUGGCGAAUACAUUCACCACAAGUCCAUCAAGGCGGCCAUGGGUAUAAAAAUCUCCGGAAAUGAUCUCGAGUACGUCAUCCCCGGUACGCAGCUCCUCAUUGUGCAUCCAAACGACAAUAAGGAUCAUAUCGCUGAGCUGGUCAUGAAGGAUGCAACCAACAUUAACGAAUACCUUGACCCCGACGGCCUCGGCGUCAGCGUGCAAAGCAGCACUCUCGGCGCUCUCGAGGCGCUGCUGUCUUUCCUCAAGAGCAUGAAAAUCCCUGUGGCGAGUAUCGCUAUUGGCCCGAUCCACAAGCGGCACAUGCACCAGGUGCUGUCGAUGAAACGGCGCGAGCCACGCUACGCCGUUAUUCUUGCCUUUGACGUUCCCGUUUCCGAAGAGGCGCGCGAGAUUGCCAAAAAGAACGAUAUUGACGUCUUCGAGGCGAAAAUUAUCUACCACCUCUUUGACAGGUUCACGCGCUACAUGAACGAGUAUGAGCAGCGCGAGAAAGACCGCCUGCGCUCUAUCGCGGUUUUCCCGGUGCAGCUGAAGAUGAUUGCCGAGUCGAUUCACGCGACCGACCCCAUCAUCAUCCCAGUCACAGUGGAGCGUGGUCAGCUGCGCCCCGGAACGCCGCUGAGCGCGAUUCGCAAGAAGGAUGACAGCGUUGUCGUAAUUGGCCGCGUGAUGUCGAUGGAGCGUGACAACCGGCCGGUGGAGAUUGGCACCCCUGGAAUGGACCUGGCUGUGAAGAUCAACUCUGGUGAGUCGGGCGUCACCGUCGGCCGGCAGUUUGACAAUAGCGACAUCAUUGUGUCACACAUCACUCGCCAGUCCGUGGAUGCCGUGAAGAAAUUCAAGGACGAGCUAAAGCCGGAUGAUGUGCUGCUUCUGGCUUCGCUCAUUAAGGUGCUGAAGGUGCCAAACAAGUAA